AUGCUAGGGCCCGAGUUGCUAGCCGCCGUCAGGGCAGAAGACGAAACCCGUGUCCGCCUACUCCUCCAACAUGGCGCUGAUAUUCACGACCGCACCGGCACGAAGCAGACUGCCCUGAUCCUCGCAGUAGAGGCCGGAAGCCGUGACAUUGCUCGCCUCCUGCUCGCCACUGGUUUCGACAUAGAUGCAUCGGAUGCAGACGGUAACACGGCUUUACAUCUUGCUGCUAAGCAGAGUCGUUAUCAGAUGGUGCGACUAUUGCUCAGCAAAGGGGCGGAUAAGGAGGUUUCAGAUAAUAGUGGGAGAACGCCACUGCAUUCGGCAUCCAAGUUGGGGGAUGCAGUGCUGGUACAGCUGUUGGUAAACGACGGUGCCAACAUCAGUGCUAUCGAUGAUGAUGGGAACACUGCAGUUGUGCUGGCUGAGGUGGAAGGCCAUAUUCAUGUACUGAAAGCGCUUGGACACAGCCAGAGUAUUGACAAGGGCAAGGAGGCUGAUGAAGUGACUUCCUCUGAUGGGAAGAAAGAAGACGACGUGACGGGGCUUGAUGAACUGUCUGAGGAGAAAGGAGAGAAAGAGAGCCCAGCUGUUACCCUCGAAACACUCGAGCCGACGAUGAAAGGCACUCCUGGGGAUAGUUCCGACUCAGAUGGUUCGGACGCUGAGUCCCCCAUGGAGCCCUGGUCAGUGGUGAGAGACGUGCCUUCCAUCAUCAGAGCGGUCGCGUUCUCACCCAACGGUCGAGUUCUCGCCACUGGCCAUGAGAGUGACGGCGUGAUCUUAUGGGACACAGACGAAUGGGAGCAGCUGCAUAGCCACAACAUCGAGGGGGGUGUUGUGGACUUGUCCUUUUCUUCUGACGCACAUCUAGCCGCUUGCAGCCACGACAAGGUUUUGCUGCUAGACAUGUCAAUCAGAGAUAGGAACUGGAUCACAUUGACGGAAGAGAAGUCACAACGGGUGGCCUUUUCUCCCAGUGGCCGGUAUUUUGUGACUGGCAAUAACCAGUGCACAGAUUCAGAGCCUGACAUUUCCGUACACCAAAUCCGAGUCCAUACUACUAAAACAACAAAAGUUAUAUGGACAACCACCAUGGGCAACAACGCCUGGUUUAUUUUACCCAGUGAUUCGAUCGCGUUUCUAGACUACAAGCACCAACCUCUGGGCCUUGCCAUCUGCAGUCUAGCCACAGGUCAUGUUGAGGAGAGAAUACCGCUGCCCGGCACCCUCAUGUUGCCGAGGCUUUCUCCCUUCGCACAAUCCAACAAUGGGCAUGUCCUUGCACUGGGUCGACGCAUCUUCGAUCUAGGUUCAAAAGAAACUAAAAGGACCGUCCUCCAGUACGAUGCUUGGAUACCAAACAACAAAAACAACAGAUUCCCGAGCACUGCGGCAUUAUCGCCUAAUGGAACUAUUGCAGUGCGCAACAUGACGCCUCAUAGCGGAUCUGAGGGCGGACUCGAGUCUAUACUGGAAUUUUUCGAAACAAGGACAGGCCGGUUUUUCUACCAUUUGGACCACGAGCAAACGUUAUUCUCGUCUUCCUUUUCUCCCGAUGGGCGUUUUCUGGUCUUGGGGGGUACUAAACUUGUUAUCAUGACUAAUUUAGAAAACUUACCAUUCUCGUCUUUUGCUGAGAAGAAACUGUAUCUCGGAUAUAGUGCGAUGUUGAUGUCUAUGCGUUGGAGCAAGUAG